CGCGCACAAUGAGACAGUGCUGAGCGCCGGAAGUGGGGCCGAAGGAAAACACGGAGAGGGAGCCGGGCCCGGACAGGAAGAGGCGGGGGACCUCGGAGGAGGCGGUGAGUGGUCCCGAGCGCUUUCUCCCCGCGGCCCUGCCAGACUUGCCCUGGGGCUGUGUCUACGGUGGGUUCUCCGGGCUCCAGAGUAGAGGACGGGCCUGGCCCCGGAGGUGCAAAGUAAGAAAAUCAAACUCAAAGACCAUGGGAGAUGCAGCAAAACCUUAUUUUGUGAAGCGUCCUAAAGACCGAGGGACUGUCGAUGAUGAUGAUUUCAGAAGGGGUCACCCCCAACAGGAUUAUUUAAUAAUGGAUGAUUAUGUUAGAGGCCAUGGCAAUAAAAUGGAAAAGGGCCUUCCAAAAAAGAAGAUAACACCUGGGAACUAUGGGAAUACCCCCAGAAAAGGACCCUAUGCUGUUUCCAGCAAUCCAUACGCAUUUAAAAACCCAAUUUACAGUCAACCAGCUUGGAUAAAUGACAACCACAAGGAUCAGAGUAAGAGAUGGCUCUCUGAUGAACUUACUGGUAAUUCAGACAACUGGAGAGAAUUCAAACUUGGACCUAGAAUUCCUGUAAUCCGACCAAGAAAAGACUCCUUUCAAGAAAGUGAAGAUGGGUACAGGUGGCAAGACGGAAGAGGCUGCAGAACUGUAAGACGGCUAUUCCAUAAGGACCCACUGAGUCUAGAAACCAUGUCAGAAGUGGAAGCAGGAAGUCCUGAAAACAAGAAGCAGAAGUCCAGACCUAGGAAGCCACGGAGGACCAGAAAUGAGGAAAAUGAGCAGGAGGGGGACCUGGAAGGCCCUGUGAUCGAUGAGUCUGUGCUUUCAGCAAAGGAGCUACUUGGUUUACAUCAGGCAGAGGAGCGACUGAGAAGAGAUUGCAUCGACAGGCUGAAAAGGCGACCACGAAACUACCCUACAGCAAAGUAUACCUGCAGACUUUGUGACGUUUUAAUUGAAUCCAUUGCAUUUGCUCAUAAGCAUAUCAAAGAGAAGAGGCACAAGAAAAAUAUUAAGGAAAAGCAGGAGGAAGAGCUGCUCACUACGUUACCCCCACCAGCACCUUCCCAAAUCAACGCAGUGGGCACAGCCAUCGACAAAGUGGUACAAGAGUUUGGUUUACACAGUGAGAACUUGGAGCAGAGGCUAGAAAUAAAACGUACCAUGGAGAAUGUGUUCCAACACAAGUUACCAGAUUGUUCUCUGAGAUUAUACGGGUCAUCCUGUAGCAGAUUGGGUUUCAAGAAUUCAGAUGUAAACAUUGACAUUCAAUUUCCAGCCAUUAUGUCUCAGCCAGAUGUCCUCUUACUUGUUCAAGAAUGUUUAAAGAACAGUGACUCUUUCAUUGAUGUCGAUGCUGAUUUCCAUGCUAGGGUGCCAGUAGUGGUAUGCAGAGACAAGCAAAGUGGUCUCCUCUGUAAAGUGAGUGCAGGAAAUGAAAAUGCUUAUCUGACAACAAAGCAUUUAACUGCCCUCGGAAACCUAGAGCCAAAGCUGGUUCCUUUGGUGAUUGCAUUUAGGUACUGGGCAAAGCUUUGCAGUAUAGAUCGUCCAGAAGAAGGAGGCCUGCCACCUUACGUGUUUGCCCUGAUGGCCAUUUUCUUUCUCCAGCAGAGGAAAGAGCCCCUUCUGCCUGUGUAUCUAGGAUCAUGGGUGGAAGGAUUCUCAUUAAACAAACUAGGGAAUUUCAGCCUUAAAGACAUUGAGAAAGACGUCGUGGUCUGGGAAUACACCGAUAACGCUGCAGGGGAUGCAGAUGCAGUGAAAGAAGAGACACCAAAGGACAUGCCGGUUAAAAGGGGACAGGUGCCAUUAAUAUUUGACAUAAAACACCAGCCUUCAGUACCAGUUGGGCAACUCUGGGUGGAACUGCUGCGAUUCUAUGCUUUAGAAUUUAAUUUGGCUGAUUUAGUGAUAAGUAUCCGUGUCAAAGAGUCGAUAUCACGGGAAUCAAAGGAUUGGCCCAAAAAGCGCAUCGCCAUUGAAGAUCCCUACUCUGUUAAAAGAAAUGUGGCAAGGACACUAAAUAAUCAACCUGUGUUUGAAUAUAUACUUCAUUGUUUAAGGACAACAUAUAAAUAUUUUGCUCUUCCACACAAAGUUACAAAAUCCAGCCUCCUGAAGCCUCCAAGUACAGUUCCAUGUAUUUCAGAACAUUCUAAAGAAGUAGUAAAUCAUAAUCCUGGUGUCCAAGUAAAAGAUGGUAAACUCCAAAACUCAGUUUUGGCUGCAGGUCCUGGUGCUGCCAGUUCAGCAGCAGAUGCCUGCAAAGCACAGCUGUUUACUCUGAAAGAGACUACUGAAAGCCUGUCAGUGGAGGAAACUGGAAAUGUGCACAGGAGCAUCCACCUGGAAAACUCAGACUGUAUCCAGACAGAAGCCAAUUAUGAUGUUUCUGAGGUUGUUGAAGUGCACCAUCAGGAAUCAGAAAGUAAAAACAAGGAAGAGGAAGUUAGAAAGGAGGACAGACAUCCAUGCAUUGCUAAUGAUCAAAGUUUAAGCACUGGCAAACAUGGAGAUCUGGUCAUCUCUGAGAACACACACAAUAAUGAGACAGACAGCACUUUGGAUUUAGAAGGCCUCCAGAAUCCUACAGCUAAAGAACAUGAUGGAUUUUCUACUUUAGAUGACAAGACUGAUGUUGAUGAAGAUGGUAUAGAAGGUAUUGACGAGGUAGAAGACUCUAUAGACCACUUUGUCCCUUCCAUACAGGGCCAGACAUCAGAAAUCAUUCACUCUGAUGAAGAGGAGGAGGAGGAAGAGGAAGAGGAGGAAGAAGAAGAAGAAGAAGGAGAACGCAGGCACACAGUUAAUCAAGGGGAAGAUGAGAAUGGCAUUGCUAAUGAAGAUGAGUUAGACAACACCUACACGAGGUCAGGGGAUGAGGAUGUCCUAUCUGAAGAGGAUGAUGAAUUUGGUGAGCCUACUAAGUAUGAAGACUUGAAAGAAUGUGGAAAACAGGUAGAUGGAGCUCUACUAAUGGAACUUAAUAAAAUAAGUCUCAAAGGAGAAAAUGUAUGUGAGGAAAAUUCAUCCAUGGAGCAAGCUGAUUUCUUCUAUGAAUUUAAUAAACUAAUCUUCACCAAAGGCAAGUCUCCUACAGUGGUGUGCAGCUUAUGCAAACGAGAGGGCCAUCUAAAGAAAGACUGUCCUGAAGACUUCAAAAGGAUCCCACUGGAACCAUUGCCGCCCCUGACACCGAAGUUUUCAAAUAUUCUAGAUCAAGUUUGCAUCCAGUGUUACAAGGAUUUCUCUCCAACUGUUUUAGAAGAUCAGGCUCGUGAAUAUAUCCGGCAAAACCUAGAAAGUUUCAUAAGACAGGACUUCCCAGGAACUAAAUUGAGCUUGUUUGGCUCCUCCAAAAAUGGAUUUGGGUUCAAACAAAGUGACCUUGACGUCUGUAUGACAAUUAAUGGACAUGAAACUGCUGAGGGUUUGGACUGUGUAAGAACUAUUGAAGAAUUGGCCAGAGUCCUCAGAAAACAUUCAGGUCUGAGAAACAUCUUACCUAUCACAACAGCAAAGGUGCCAAUUGUGAAGUUCUUCCAUUUGAGAAGUGGUCUAGAAGUAGAUAUCAGUUUGUAUAACACAUUGGCCCUUCAUAACACAAGGCUUUUAUCUGCCUAUUCAGCCAUCGAUCCCAGAGUGAAAUAUCUGUGCUAUACCAUGAAAGUAUUCACAAAGAUGUGUGAUAUCGGAGAUGCAUCUAGAGGCAGCUUAUCGUCAUAUGCAUACACUCUUAUGGUGCUAUAUUUUCUCCAGCAGAGGAAUCCACCCGUCAUUCCUGUCCUUCAAGAGAUUUACAAAGGUGAAAAGAAACCUGAAAUAUUUGUUGACGGCUGGAAUAUUUAUUUUUUUGAUCAAAUCGAUGAACUGCCAGCCUAUUGGCCAGAAUACGGAAAAAAUACAGAAUCUGUUGGACAGCUAUGGCUGGGACUUCUUCGUUUCUAUACAGAAGAAUUUGAUUUUAAAGAACAUGUUAUCAGCAUCAGGAGAAAAAGUCUGCUUACAACUUUUAAGAAGCAGUGGACCUCAAAAUAUAUUGUUAUUGAAGAUCCCUUUGAUUUGAAUCAUAAUCUUGGAGCUGGAUUAUCAAGGAAAAUGACAAAUUUUAUAAUGAAAGCUUUUAUUAAUGGUAGAAGAGUAUUUGGUAUUCCAGUCAAAGGACUUCCCAAGGACUGUCCCUCAAAAAUGGAGUACUUUUUUGAUCCAGACGUAUUGACUGAAGGAGAACUGGCCCCAAAUGAUAGAUGUUGCCGAAUUUGUGGGAAAAUUGGACACUUCAUGAAGGACUGUCCUAUGAGAAGAAAGGUGAGGCGGCGGCGCGAUCAGGACGAUACUGUGAACCAAAGAUACCCAGAGAACAAAGAAAAAAGAAGCAAAGAAGAUAAAGAAAUUCAAAACAAGUACACAGAAAGGGAGGUAUCUUCAAAAGAAGAUAAACCUUUGCAGUGCACACCUCAGAAAGCCAGGCCGGUGAGGGCAGCCGUCGAUGUGGGCAGGGAGAAGAUGCUCAGGCCACCAGUGGAAAAAUGGAAGCGACCAGAUGACAAAGACUUACGGGAAAAGCGUUGUUUUAUUUGUGGAAGAGAAGGGCACAUUAAAAAGGAAUGCCCCCAGUUUAAAGGCUCUCCAGGUGUAUCUAAAUCAGAUUGUGAGUUUGGAUCCCCCUCUUCACCUAGCCCUUUGAGACCAACUGGCCCAUUUGUUCAGGCAGUGUUUUUACAUGAAGACAAAAAGAGACAAAAAACAACAAUAUUUUUGAGUCCCCAGUCAGGCAGCCUUUCCAGUAAAUAUAUGACUCAGGGAAAAGCCUCAGCGAAGAGGACCCAACAUGAAUCAUGAGGGACGGAAAACGCAGCACUCUAAAUGGCCACUCAGGCGUUCCCAUCCACUUGGAAAAUUAGGUUCAUUUCACAGGACACAGCAGCAUAGAUCAGGCUUCAACUGAACAUUAAGGGAAAUGUCAGAUUUUUUUUUUAAUUUAAUGAAAUUGUUAAUGAGGGAAAAAAAUUUUAAUACAGUCUUAUCUACCAUAAAUCCCCAUAGAUUUAAGGAUUUUAAUAGAAAGCCAUGAUGUAUGUAUUUAAUCCAGGUUAAAAGAAAUGUAACUAUGGGCCAGUAUUCAAUGAAUACAGUUUCAUGGUUUUUAAUUCUGUCAAAGCACACUAAAAACGUGUGCUGAGAAACCCCAAGCAAAUGAACCCCUUUUUCCCUGUAAACCCCUUUUUUGUUUUGAAGAGGGGAAAUUAUAUUUAUUGUUGUUUACUGAAUCCUUGUGUGGAAGCGUAUCAAAUAUGUGUGAACUGCUACUACUGUACUUACAAUUUACAAGCAUAACUUUAUUGCUUUUUGUGGGAGAAGUGAUAACACGAACAUGAGUACUAUUUAUGUGAGCCGUCGGUGGAUGAGCCAUGAGUUGACAUGUAACUACUGUGCUCAUAAAAACAAAGAGAAGAAAACAAGUAGUCCUGUUUGCCACUGAAAACAUUUUUAAAGGAAAAGUGACAAAAUAGAAGCGCUUUUUACUUUUUAUGAUAUUCAGCAAUUAGGAUGGAAAACUUUUAAAAAUUCCUAAAGAUCAAAGAGGCCAUCUCUGCCAAUCACAAGUGUGGUUGGGAUCAUUCUGGGUCUGACUGGAACUCUCUGGAACUGUUUUUCUAACUUCACAAGACUUCAGAAGCAGUACAUGGUCAGAACAAUGCCUUGGGUUAUUUAUCAUUUUGAAAUAAAACACAAUUUCAACCUGUAA